AAGAAAGAAAGAAAGAAAAGCAAAGCAUGUCCCAGUAGCAGUAAGGACCCAGGUUAGGAGUGAAGAAGAAUCCUGGGGAGUAGGAGGGGGGUGGCGAACAGAUUAACCUGAACACCACAAUGAAGGCACCUGCAGACUUUAUUCCCCCAAUUCAGAACCUCUUCCAAACAAAGCCAAGCCCUUAGCUCUUUCGAGACAAUUAGCUGUAAGUACCAGGGCUCUUAGGAAGACUAUCAGGGAGAGAGUUUGAUGAGGUCAGCGCACAGGUGUUUGGGCAAAGCAGAGCAACACUGGGCUUCCAAAAAAACAGAUGUCCCACCCAACAUGAAUGACUUGUUGGCAAAAGUUCUGAGAAAAAUAAAGCUCUAGGAGUGUUAGGACUCAACCCAAGUCGUCAUCGAGACCAUUCAAAUGGCCUUUCAGCAGCUUCUAAGCGUGGAGGAACCUGUUGGCCAGGAGCAGAGAGAAGAUUCCUCACAGGGACCAUGCCUGGCAGCCAGGAUGCUGCAGCACCUUCAUGUUCAGGAGAUGGAGGUUGGAGGGAGCUACUGCCUUUCAUUUGAUGUCCCCAGAUAAGUUUCCUUUUUAUCUUAAGAGAUUGCGUUCUGGCCCCUCCCCCCUUUUUUAAGUGUGUGUGUGUGGUGUGUGUGUGUGUGUGUGUGGUGUAAUCACAGCCAUGCUUCUUUCUUCUCUUAUUGACCUUAGACCUGGAGACCCGGAAUCCUGAAAAUUUGCCAAAAAAACAGAAACCUGCAUAUUCCCACUCUUGGGUACACGUACCUUUUAUUCCCUCCUCUGUCUGUUUAAUUUCAACCCGUGUUUCAAGACUAGCCAGAAGGAUUAUAUUUUUUUCAGGAAGGUUCUUUGAUCAUGCCUCUCCUCCCAAUCAUUACAUGCACAUCUUUUGCUAACACUUAUCCCAAGAUUCUAAUAUUUCAGUACUUGUCUAGAUCGUUCACCCUAGAUAGGUUAUCCGAAGGGCAAAAGGUAUGUCUUUGUAUCGUGGGCACCUAGCAGAUAGCCUUGAUAUAUAUAGUAGGUCUUACAGAACAGCUGAAUGGUGGAAGGAGAGGGGAGGAGAAGAGAGGAGAGGGUGGAAAGGGGACACAGCCUAUCAGGAAGAAAUUCCUGGGAAGGCAUCUCCUAACAUCUGGCUGAGAAAAGGGCCACCCAAUAUCCAGGCCAUAAAGGUAUGUGCCAGGGCAAGGAGUCUGAGGGAACUUGGAAAGGACAGAGUUGGGAUAAGCAUUGUUCUCUCCAGAUUCCCUUUUUCAAAUGAAAUGGACUUUGAGCAUAGUGGCUGAUAAUGAAUCUGAGCUCUCUCUUUUGUCUUUGGCAGAAGGCUUCAGAGAGCCUCCUUAAGAGAGAGGUAAAUGACUUGGAGGAGUAGGGGAGAGAGCAGGGGAGGGAGAGCUCAGGUGCAUCCAGGGCUGGCCUCUCUGAUUGUGCUCCAUGUCCUAGCAGGCUGCCAGUGUGACCUCACCCUCUCCAGUGCCCCCUCUCCGUGCCAGCUAUGAGUUCCUGCAACUUUACACAUGCCACCUUUGUGCUUAUCGGUAUCCCAGGACUAGAAGAAGCUCACUUCUGGAUCGGCUUCCCUCUGCUCUCUAUGUAUGCCGUGGCAGUGUUUGGAAACUGCGUCGUGGUCUUCAUCGUAAGGACGGAGCGCAGCCUGCACGCACCCAUGUACCUCUUCCUCUGCAUGCUGGCCGCCAUUGACCUGGCCUUGUCCACAUCCACCAUGCCCAAGAUCCUUGCCCUCUUCUGGUUUGAUUCCCGGGAGAUUACCUUUGAUGCCUGCAUGACCCAGAUGUUCUUUAUUCACGCUCUUUCAGCCAUUGAGUCCACCAUUCUGCUGGCCAUGGCCGUUGACCGUUAUAUAGCCAUAUGCCAUCCACUGCGCCAUGCCGCAGUGCUCAACAACACAGUGACGGCCCAGAUUGGCAUGGUGGCCCUGGCCCGUGGAUCCCUUUUCUUCAUCCCACUGCCUCUGCUCAUCAAACGGCUAGCCUUCUGCCAGUCCAACGUGCUCUCACAUUCCUAUUGUGUGCACCAGGAUGUGAUGAAGUUGGCCUCUGCAGACACAUUGCCCAAUGUCGUCUAUGGUCUCACCGCCAUUCUUUUGGUCAUGGGUGUGGACGCCUUGUUCAUCUCCUUGUCCUAUUUUCUGAUUAUACGAGCCGUUCUACAACUGCCUUCCAAGUCAGAGCGGGCCAAGGCCUUUGGAACCUGUGUAUCACACAUCGGCGUGGUACUGGCCUUCUAUGUGCCUCUCAUUGGCCUCUCGGUGGUGCAUCGCUUUGGAAACAGCCUUCACCCCAUUGUGCAUGUUCUCAUGGGCGAUGUCUAUCUACUUCUGCCUCCUGUGAUCAAUCCCAUCAUUUACGGUGCCAGGACCAAAGAGAUCAGAACUCGAGUGCUAGCUAUGUUUAAGACUGGCUAUGACAAGGACUUUCAGGCUGUGGGAGGCAGGUGACCCGUAUGGUGGCACUUACUCUUACCCUUAGUGGCUUGACAUAAUGAUUUCGUAAUCUGGCAUAAUCCCAGUUGCCCAUAAACACAUCAGUGCUUUUCUCUAGUUUGGAUUCCAAAAACUCCCUCUGCUUGGGGUGAAAUGUUUGAGGCUACCAUAAUUCUUUUCCACAGAUAAAACCACUGUUGAUAUCUUUACUCUAUAAAAAGCUUAAUUUGGAAAAUAAAUAGUAGAAGAACAUAAAGGAGAGUGACAAACAUUACAAUUGACUUUGAAACAAAAGAUUAUCUGACUAGUAAUCCAAGAAACCCCUAUACUGAGACAAUAAUUAGGAAACAUUUUUGCCUAUUAAAUUAGUAGUUUUUAUUAAUGAAAGUUCACAAGAAAAAAGGAGUUUGGGUUAAAACAUAUAUAUAUGCCUGAGCAUCUCAGCUGAUGGUGGACAUCGCAAGAACAUUUUAAAAGUUGCAUUCUUUAAGGAAUUACCUGGUGCCUAGUUAAGGAUCCUGUGUCACUGCUGUGGUGCAGGUUCAAUCCCAGGCUGGGAAAACUUCUGCAUGCCAAAGGCAUUCCCCCCUCAAAAAAAAGUUUCAUGCUUUAAUACUGUAAUCUCACUUUUGAAGAUUCAUUUUAACAAAAUAACCCUAAAUGCAGAAAACAAGUUUUUAAUAAAACAUAUCAGUUAUACAAUUAUUUAGAAUAAUCAUAUAUUAGAAAUCCUAGGGUAUGAUCUAUAAAAGUUAGGAAUAGUAAACUCAAGUAUGCCCAUUCACUUAAUUGAAUAUUUAUGAAACAAUCCAUAUUAAUGAAAUAUUAUGCAGUCUUCAAAGACUCUACCAAAAAAAUGAAUCUUGAAUGUAAUGUUAACUAAAAUUAGAAAGAGGAGUUCCCGUCGUGGCUCAGUGUUAACAAA